AUGAUUCGGGAGGUAGCCCAAGGUGUCAUACGCGGCGAGACAUCCGAAGCCCAGAAAGAGCGCGUGGCAGGCUUGCAGAAGGCAGAUAACGCGAAUCGGUUGAGAAUGAAGAAAACUCACAGUGUCAAGAAGACCGCGCGGAAAGGCGGAAGUCGGUCGGACUACUGA